GUACGCGCCGUUUGAAAGGUAGGAAUAAUAUAACUGACAAAAUGUGAAUGAAAGAAGGGGAAAAAAAAUAAGAGAGGCUGCAGCUUGUCACCUUGAAGGUCACUCCGGCUGACCAACCAGAAAUAAUCGCAAUCACAGCUUUGAAUACCAGCACAUAGAAAAAGAGGUUAACAAGGGAAAUGGGGUCAAAUUGCUGUUGGUAGCAUCAGGGGCCAACAAACAAACAGCACUCUUGCGUGCCCCUUCAAUUCCUUCCUUACAAAAAGGGAGCUAGCUAGGAAGAGCACAACCUACAUCUGCACUGCACCUGUCUUUGAGGAAUCGAACCCAAGAUUAUAUUGUUGAGGAGGGAAGGGAAGGGGAUGAACGCCGACGACCUGGGCUCGCCGAGGGAGCUCACCGGGCUGCAGCGGAGGAGGGCGCUGUACCAACCGGAGUUGCCUCCAUGUCUUGUUCAGGUUUAUGAUAUGAUGGGAACGAGAAUCAGAGUGGAGUUUGGUGACUCAACAACGACCAUUGAUUCAAAAUGCGCAGAUAUCGUCGCACAGGCAUUCCCACACAUCUUUGGUCAGAAGUUGGUGCGUUUUCUAGAGCCACACAUGGACACGGUGGUCUCUGAAUCUGAUGCACAAGUCAUCCAAGAAAACUCACCAAUUAGGGUGGGUGUGGUGUUUUCUGGAAGGCAAUCACCUGGCGGGCAUAAUGUCAUAUGGGGUACUUAUGAUGCUCUGAAAGCUCAGAAUCCACAUAAUGUUCUGCUUGGAUUUAUAGGUGGCACGGAAGGCCUAUUUGCAAAGAAGACGCUGGAGAUCACAGAUGAUGUGCUUUCGUCAUACAAAAAUCAAGGUGGUUUUGAUUUGCUGGGCAGGACUGUUGAUCAAAUCCGUACGACAGAGCAAAUAAAUGCUGCUAAGGCAACAUGCUGUGAUCUUAACUUGGAUGGCCUAAUCAUCAUUGGAGGGGUGACCUCCAAUUCAGAUGCUGCUCAGCUUGCAGAGAUCUUUGCAGAGCAUAACUGCAAGACAAAAGUAUGUAGUCAAUACUCGCUCGCAUACUACUUAUUUUCCAACCUGAAAGAAAGUUUCAGAUACCUCAUCAUUUUACAGGUUAUAGGAGUCCCUGUAACGCUGAGUGGCGAUCUCAGGAAUCAGUUCGUCGAAACAACUGUUGGUUUUGAUACAGUGUGCAAGGUGAACUCUCAGCUUAUAAGCAAUGUUUGCCUCGAUGCAAUCUCAGCUGGGAAGUACUACUAUUUUGUUCGCUUGAUGGGUGGCAAAGCAUCUCAUGUUGCAUUAGAAUGUGCACUUCAGUCACACCCAAACAUGGUUAUAUUAGGAGAGGAGGUGGCGUUUUCAAAGCUCACAUUGAAGGAAAUUACAAACAAGAUAUGUGACGGAGUAGAAGCAAGGGCGGAACAAGGGAAACACCAUGGAGUGCUAGUUAUUCCUGAGGGACUAAUAGAAAGCAUACCAGAAAUGUAUGCACUCAUUCAGGAAAUCAAUAAUCUCCACAGUAAUAAUAUUUCUGAAGCAGACAUUCCAUCUCAACUUUCUCCAUGGGCCGCUGCCUUGUUCAAGUUCUUGCCAUCGUUCAUUAGGAGAGAGUUGAUCCUGCAUCAAGAAUCUGAUAACUCAGCACAGCUAUCUCAGAUCGAUACCGAGCAGCUCUUAGCUCAUUUAGUAGAAGCAGAAAUGAACAAGAGAACAAAAGAAGGAAAGUACAAGGGAAGAAAAUUCAGUUCAGUGUGCCACUUCUUUGGUUCUCAAGCCCGAGGAUCGCUACCAUCAAACUUCGACUGCAACUAUGCUUAUGUUCUUGGCCAUAUUUGUGUGCAAAUAAUAGCAGCUGGAUUGAAUGGCUACAUGGCUACUGUAACAAAUCUAAAGGACUCGACAAACAAGUGGCGAUGCGCUGCUGUUCCUCUAGCGGCAAUGAUGAGUGUGAGGAGGCACUUGCGUGGUCCUGGAGCUGUUCCUAUUGGGAAGCCAGUCAUCCAUCCUUCUCCUAUUGACCUGAAAGCAGAGUCAUAUGCGGUCCUGAGAGAGAAAGCCUCAAGCUUUCUGUUAGAUGAUUUCUACAGAACUCCAGGAGGCAUUCAGUUCGAAGGACCUGGCGCAGGCACCAAGCCUAUCACAUUGACCAUAGAAGAGCAGGACUAUCUGGGUGACAUCGAGAUACUGCAAGCCUACUUGGACAAGGUUAGGACCAUCCUGAAGCCUGGAUGCUCACGGGAGAUUCUCAAGGCAUCAAUAAGCUCGAUUGCGUCAGUAAACGAUGUGCUCAAGUUCAUGUCGGCGCCCCUCAAUACAGAGCUUCCUCUCUACCACUUCAACUGAUUUUUGAAGACCCAUCGCAUACACUGCCCUAGUCAGUGAAAAUCCAGUUGUCAUAUGACAUCAGUCCAGUUAACAAAAUCUGGUGGAGAAUCCAGAGUGCCUUCUACAACAACUAUUCUUUUGUAGCCUCUUUUUUUCUUUGUGAUAUAACCUUAUUGCAGAUACUGGAAAAGGAUCAAUAGGAUAGCUUCUACUGCCUAAACUACCUUAGCACUUACUCACAUAAUUUGAACAUUGCGCGCAAUAUGUUUCCCCAAUAAAUAUGAUCCGACAAAAUCCA